AUGGCGAUGGAAAAGGGAAAAAGGAGAGCAACUGAUUGCCAUCCCCAGAGUCCCCUCCUCACCCGGAACCUGCCCCCACCGGGGCCCCACCCCUCCCUGGCCCGCCCCCUCCCGGGCCCCGCCCUUCACGCACGCCGCGACGCACCGCCUCAGUCUCCGCCAGCCAAUCCGGCCUUUCCGGCGGUUGCGCGCUCCGCCCCCUCCUUCUGCGCCCGCGCGCGCCUUCUCCGCUCCGCCCGCCUCACUCCUUUCUGGGCAGUUGGGCGGCUAGCCUGUGGGGGCGGGACCCGGAGCAAGCCACCCAGCCUAUGGGGCGCGGUGGCGGCCGAGGUGGAGGCGGAAGGAGGCGGAAGGAGGCGGUGGCUGCAGUGGCUGCAGACGGGGGCGGAUGGCGGCGUCUGUCCUGCUGAGAGUGUCGGUGCCGCCGCGGGAGAGGGUCGCCUGGUACGCCGUGUGCGCCUCCGGGAUUCUGCUCUACUUCUACACCGACCACGUGGAGCGGCAGAAGGAGUGGGACCCCGAGCACCGGACCCUCUGCAACCUGGGGCCCUGGGCGAAGUGCUCCGCCGCCCUUGCUUCCAGAAUCCAUGCCCAGAGUCCAGUGCCUCGCUCCUGUCCAGGAUCACGUUCUGGUGGAUCACAGGGUUGAUCAUCCGGGGCUGCCACCAGCCUCUGGAGAGCAGUGGCCUCUGGUCCUUAAACAAGGAGGAAACAUCAGAACAAGUCAUGCCCGAUUUGGUAAAGAACUGGAAGAAGAAAUGUGCCAAGUCUAGGAAUGGAUGACAAGUAUUUGUUCAGCACCUGCUCUGCAUUGUUUUAUGUACUGAGGAUACAGCUGCCCACCUGGAGCUGACAUUCUAGUGGAGAAAGAAAAUAAACAACAGUCAUCAACAAAGAAGGCUUCUGUGACCAAACGUGUGGAGAGGUUUUCCCCACCAACAAGCAAGCAAUCACUUCUGCAGAUGACACAAGCUGGGUGUCCUCUAAUUCAGUUCUCAUACUCUAUCUGCAGAUAGCAUCGGAUUCCACAGAUUCCACUUGUGCAGGGCUCCAUGGCAGUCUCCAAUAUUCAAAUCAUCAAUCUAUGAAAGCAAAAAUUCCUGAAAGAACGGCUUAAAUGACCAGGAGUGGCUCUCUACAUCCCUGUUCCUGAAUAACAAGCUACCUGGCAUCUCCAUUAACUGCCCCCAGCAUAGACACACCUCCAGUUACCCAAAUGAACUUCAUGAUUGAUUGGCCAGUCAAUCAUGCCCCUGACUCAGCCUACGUGAACAUUGGAAGGCCAUCAGUGAAUUGUAAAAAGAAGCAGAGGUGAGGAGGCACCUGCCCUGGGGUACAGAUCUAUGUAGUUCAGCAAUCUCCAGCCUAGUACUCAAGAAGCUCUAAGCCACCCCUCUGUAAGUCAGAAUGGAGGCACGUGAUACCACAUUUCUGUCUGCUGUAAAGACUUCCCAGUGUCUCAAAAUGUUUUAGCAUCUUUCAGUAAAAAUCUUCAAGUUUGUCAGUUAUUGAUCAAAAAAAGCCGCAACUUGUUGAAAGCUCCCUUGAACCCUCUAUUUUAAUGUGCCUUUGUAAAUUCCCAACAUCCUGUGUUCUUCAUCUUUGUAAUUUGUCUUUAUUAAACUUGUCAGAAACUCCAAUAUUCUGAUCUUUUAAUGAAGAAUUCGUAUUCCUAU